AUGAGUGCGCCAAAUACCAUCCCGCCCCCUGGCGAGCCUGCGCCAGAGCUCCUUGAUGGCCGCAUCUGGGUCGACGGCUGCUUUGACUUUUUCCAUCACGGCCACGCAGGCGCCAUGGUUCAGGCCCGUCAGCUCGGCAACGAGCUCUACUGCGGCGUCCACUCCGACGAGGACAUCAUGGCCAACAAGGGCCCGACCGUCAUGAACCUCAAGGAGCGCCUCGCCGCCACCGACGCCUGCCGCUGGGUCACCCGCUCCGUCGGCCACGCCCCCUACGUCACCGAGCUGCCCUACAUCUCCCACUUUGGCUGCAAGUACGUCGUCCACGGCGACGACAUCACCUCGGACAGCGACGGUAACGACUGCUACCGCUUCGUUAAGGAGGCCGGCCGGUUCAAGGUCGUCAAGCGCUCCCCGGGCAUCUCCACCACCGACCUGGUCGGCCGCAUGCUGCUCUGCACCCGCACCCACUUCAUCAAGUCCCUCGAGGACGUCCUCGCGGGCGUCGAGGGCGGCGGCACCGACGAGGAGCGCAAGGCGACGGCCAAGGCCAUGAAUGAGAGGCUGGCGCUGUAUGCGACUGAUGAGACCGCCAAGGCGCCCGGUGCCGAGAUUUGGUUCUGGCGCGCCUCGCUCGAGGCCAAGUCUGAGGCGACCGCGCUUGAAAAGGGCGAGUUUAGCCGGUUCCUGCAGGGACCUGGGCCUCAGCCUGGCCAGCGCAUAGUGUAUGUAGACGGUGGCUAUGAUUUGUUCUCUAGCGGCCAUAUCGAAUUCCUGCGCAACGUUCUCCUGGAUGAAGAUAAGCUCGCCAAAGAUACGGACUGGUUCAGCCAAGACGCAGCCGCCAAGCGCAAAGAGGCUACCGGCAAGGACUAUGGACCUGCAUAUGUUGUUGUCGGUGUGCAUGACGACGAUGUCAUCAACUCAUGGAAGGGCGUCAACUAUCCAAUCAUGAACAUUUACGAGCGCGGCCUCUGCGUGCUGCAAUGCAAGUACAUCAAUGCCGUCGUUUUCGGCGCCCCCUUCACUCCCACCGAGCCCUACCUCACCAACCUGCCAUGGGGCACGCCCAGCGCCGUCUACCACGGCCCUACCAAGUUCAUGCCGCUCACGUACGACCCCUACACGGCGCCCAAGGCGCUCGGCGUCUACCGCCAGGUCGGCGCGCACGACUUCGCCCACGUCAACGCCGGCCAGAUCGUCGACCGCAUCAUGAAGAGCCGCGAGAUGUACGAGGCACGUCAGCGGGCCAAGGGCGUCAAGGCGGUCGGCGAGGCGGCGGCGAGAGAGCGCGAGAUUCUCGAGGAGGAGCAGAGCAAGAAGCAAGCAGAGAGGGAAGCUGCGGCGAAGCAAUAG